AUGCUGCUAGAAGAGAAGGCAAGUUGAGGCUCUGUUCUUUUGAGUGCAGCCAUGUCAUGGAGGCAUUAGCACAGGUGCUUUCAUGUUCGGUGUGCUUAGAGUUGUUCACUCCCCCCGUGCUGGUCCUAUCCUGCGCUCACAAUUUCUGCAAGAAGUGCCUGGAGAAGAUCCUCGUCAGCCAGAACUGUAGCCAUGUCAAUGGACAGUUCUCCUGCCCAAUGUGCAGAAAAAUCAUACCCUUGAGAGGGAGAGGAAUCAUUGGCUUGCCAAGAAAUAUUCUGGUGGAGAGUAUUUUGGAAAAAUAUAAGUAUGAGCUUGAAAAUGUGCAUGCCAAAGAACAAGACCAAUUGUCCCAAAUAUGUGAAGAACAUGGAGAGCGUAUGAAUUUGGUAUGCCUGACUGAUGAUAAGCCGAUAUGCGCCACCUGCAAACUCUUUGGAGAGCAUGAGUCCCACAACGUAGCAAAACUAUCUGAAGUUUACUCAGAGAGGAAAAAGAGAUUGAUCAAAGAUUUAGAAUGGGUAAACCAACAAUCUGAACAUGCUGAACAAGCUAAGAAGGAAAUUGAAAUGCUGAUCAAUGAACUUACGGAUACUGCUGCUGAAGUCAAGGUUGUUAUCGAUGCCACUGGAGCAGGCUUACUGAAAGGGAUCCGACGGAGAAUGACUGAACUCAAAGCAAUAUUAGGCAAAGAGUAUUCUAUGAAAGUAGAAAACCUUCAGCAGCUGGCAAAUGAGCUUGAAGUCCCAAGAAACCUUUAUCAAGAAAUGAAAACUCUCUUGGAACAGCAUUCAAAUUCAGUGCAUUUUCUCCAAGAGGAUAAAAUACUCAGAAGCAAGAUAGAGAAACUUGCAAAAGGAAAUUCCUUAUACCCAAACAAAAAAGAUUACCAUAUUUCCGUUGGGCAAUAUUUUAAAGACUUGAUCAAAGCCACCCAUAUCAACAACUAUGUCUCCUCUAAUUCCGAUGAAACACCUACAAGGUCAGAUGAGCUCCCUGAUGUGUUCAGGCCAGAAUGUCCCACAUUUUCUUUUUCUGAAGAAAUGUCUAAUGAGUCCUUCUACGAAAAAUUAAUGGUUUUUUUCCAAAAAGCAAACGAAACAAAGCAAGAUCUUAAUCAAAAUGUCUCCCAUAGGGAUAACAAUAGUACACCAAAUAGGAAUGACAUCUAAUUGGAAACAGAAUCAAUAUCAAGGCAAGCCAUGGAAUAGGUAAAGCUUUAGAAACAAGACCACCAAGAGCAAAAUAAUUUAUUAAAAAAAGAAACAAACAAAUGUUCUUCUAAUCGAUUUUCACUACUCAUUAGCAAAUAAAAUAUUUAUAGAUGCAACAUGGCAUGGCAUUUGACACAUAUUGUGUUGGGCCCUGCUAAUUAAUCAUCAUCACCCUUACAUAAUUAUUUGAAAGUUUGGAAAAAAAGGUCACUGGUAAAAUUCAAGAGGAUACAACAAUGCUUAAAUAAUGGCUACAGGAUUGUACUUUUAAUAUUGCUGUCAUCUGGCCUUACUAGUUAACUUGUAGACUAAUUGUUAGAAACCCAAACUCUCUACAACUCCAGUUUACUUUGCUUAGAAGAACCUUCCAUAGCCAGGACUAUGACCUUGAAGCUUCUAGAAAACUGAUUUUGACAGAUAAAUUUGAGUAAAGAGAAUUCAUUUCACAUAUGCUUUAGGACAUUUCCACACAAGACUCAGUGUGAUCUUAAUGUGGAAUGCAAAGUGGAAGAGAUGUUCAAAAUUAUAAUAUACGUUUGGGUCA